AUGGAUCUUCCUCCAGUUGGGCAGUCUCUGUUGGUGGGCUUCCCAGGAGGACCCCACCAUCUUUGUUACAACCUUGGUGGAUCCCAGGAUGGAUCUGUGCAAUUGAGAGUCUGGGCUGAGAGACACCUGGAUGGCUGGUCCUUCCCACACUGUGGUUGUGAGAAAGGCAGGGCAGAGCCCCGGGGGCAGUGGGCAGACACAGGCCUGGGAGCUGAGACAUGGGGGCACAGGGACCAAGGACUAGACAGAGAACAGGACGACCUCAGGAUGACUCAGGCAGGAAUCAUGGCCCUGCAGCACCAGAAAGGACAGGAGAGACCCCCAGCCAUGAACAUGACCUUCAUUCAGGUCUUGGAAGGCACAGUCACCCUGACAAGCUAGGCUUUCGGCUACUCUCCCCAGAACAUGUCACUGGCCUGAGAACCCCAGAGCCAGAACCCCAGCAUUCUGGGGGUAACCCUUCCUGACAGGAGUGGGACCUACCAGACCUGGGUGUAUAGGGUGUCCGAAGGAGAGGAGCAGAGGGUCCCAUGCUACAUGGACCACAGUGUGAAUUACAGUGCACACCCUGUGCCCUCAUGA